GGGGUGCUUCCACCAGCAGCUUCUGCUUCUGCUUCUGCUUCUGCUUCUGCUUCUGCUUCUGCUUCUGCUUCUGCUCUUCUGCUUCUGCUUCUGCUUCUGCUUCUGCUUCUGCUUCUGCUCUUCUGCUUCUGCUUCUGCUUCUGCUUCUGCUUCUGCUUAUGCUUCUGCUUGUGCUUAUGCUUCUGCUUGUGCUUCUGCUUGUGCUUCUGCUUCUGAUUGUGCUUCUGCUUAUGCUUAUGCUUCUGCUUAUGCUUCUGCUUAUGCUUAUGCUUAUGCUUAUGCUUAUGCUUUCACGUCUAAUGGGGCUCGGCGUCACUUUCGUUUACUACCUGAGCUACGGAGAUCAGUUGUUCGGAAUCAAGUCCGACAAUGUGGUCACAUUCAUCAGGCUAGGGCCUGCCGGAGGCAGAUUCAACGCCGUGUACGAAGCGGAGGGAUGCACAGACACCAGCUGGAUCGGAGAAGGUUUCUUCGACGGCUGCAUGGAGUCGUACGACUCCACGAAGGAAGACGAGGAUAUCUCGUGCGAUAAAUUUCUGCACCGAGUGUCCUACUCUCCCUAUCCCAACGGCGAGGGCAGGAUCGAUAUAAUCGAUAUGUCAAUUUCGAUGGGUGAAGCCAUUACUGCCGCUCGCACGCCUUUACGGUUUUGGCCGCAGCAGCUGUGCAAUUCGACUUUUUGCGGCUCCUGCAGAGACAUAGGGUGGGGUUUUUUUGAGGUCCCGAUGCUUGUGGACGGGGUGGUAGUGAAUACCACGGACCAGUUCAGGACAGGGGUGUCGAGCACGAACGAGAUGGUGUACUCCUUGCCGGCAGACAAGACGCUGGUGUUUCAGACGGGGGCUUGGAGUAGCGUGGCUGCCAUGAGUUUGGUGGAGCAGCAGCGGUCAUGCACCGCCAACUUCUCGCUAGUGGAGCUGGUCUCGAGCGAGGCCCAUAGCUGCAGGAGGAGGAGGAGCAGGAGGAGGCUGAUGAGUAGAGAAUUGCUGGCCGAUGUGGCAGUUGAACCCUCGGAGGGGUCCAGGAAUGAGCAUAUGGUCCUGACCAGCAAGGCCCUGUUCGGCAAGAAAAAGACGGUGCCCAUCACGUUCCACGAGAAGGACGCCGUUCACGUGGGACUGAACAAAACCGUCGACCUGCACGUCACCGUGUACGUUCCCCCGCAUGAAAGUCGGCGCUUUCUGCUGGCAGAUGCUGGUCAUGCCGCCGAAGACCGGGGGAUACUGCACCGUGCCUGUCCCGGCUGCGUCCAGUUUCUCCGAACCAACUUCCAAAACCUCACCGGAAGGCUGAGCGCACACAUCAAUUGACCAGCAGCAGCAGCAGCAGCCUGCGCAGCAGAAGCUGCGCGUGUUUCCGACUUACUUUGAG